AUGGCUGGCCGUGUGCUGUUGGUGUGUGCCCUCUGCGUGCUGUGCUGCUGCGGCGGCGGUGUCGGUGCGUGGGGUGGCGGCCACUGCACGGAGAGUGACUGGAGGGACUUGAGGGCGGUCGCGAGGGACAUGACGGAGGCGGAGAUUGACGGGCAGUACUGCGGCCGCAAGCCGGAGUUUGUGCAGCGGCUGCGGGCGAGUCUGCAGUCAAACGGUGAAGAUUCUGAUGAGGAAGUAACUGGUGGUGACAGGAGUAACACCAUUCAAGUUCCGGAAGGUGGAGUUGGAACUCCUGGCGAAGGACAGGCAGGAUCUUCUCAAGCGGUUGGGUCUCAAAAAGUAGUGCAGCCGCACGGUCCCACCCAGGUGCAGGAUGGUAGUUUGCAGUCAGUUGGCCCCAAAGGCAAUGCUGAGGAACCAACAAAGAAAGAAAAAGAUGAAAAAGCAAGUGAUGCUGACCCUGCCAACGAAAGCUCACAAGAUCAACAGCAGGAGGGUCCGCAGGAGCCAGACUCCAAAGGACCACAAACGCUACAAACACCUGUUCCACCGGCAAAUACUUCCACAGAUGUCUCGAAGGAUUCAGUGAAAAACGGCGAAUCGGGUGGGAGUGACACAUUAAAAACAGUCGUCGACAGAAGUGGGAAGGAGGAUUUGCAAAAUAAUGCAGAUGUCGUCAAAGGUUUAGAAGGAGAAAAAAAUGGAAAUUCGGAUACACAGAAACUGCUGCAGCCAACAUUGCAGAAAGAAGUAAAACAGAAAACUUCACUGCCAAACUCUCAACCAGCCCUACCACACUCAGCUACUUCUACUGGAGGAGGAGGAAGUGAAGCUCCAGUUGGAAGCUUGAUGGAAUCAUCAAACUCUGUUGAGACAACACCAGUGCUGCAGGCACCAGAAACUAAUGUGGGACAAGCAGCAUCGGAUCCAUCAUUACGGACACAAGCAGCACCGGCGACGACAAGCCCCACACCAUCUCGCAAAGUUCAGCAGACGACAACGAUGAAUGGGGGAAAGAAGGAAAGCAAAGAUAAGAAGAAACCGGACGACGCUUCACCGAAAGAAGAAUCUCAAGAUGAGGAACAAGAAGCUGCAGGCAUAUCAAACCCCACGCACAAUGCACCUUCCGGAAAUGCAGUGCAAACAACAUUACCAUCUUUCCCUGCACAUGAUGAUGGUGCUACCAGCAGUCUGACUGGACCUCCAACUGAGAAGGGAGCCGAAGACACCACGGAGUUCGAUGCAACUCGUGCACCUGCAGACAGUGAAGCCUCAGCACCACCUGCAGCGGCCGCUACCAAAACAAAUAAUCCCGCAACACCGCCAGCCGCCUCCAACACCAAUAAUGCGACGAAGGUGACGCAUGGGGACAGUGACAGUGGCACAGCGGCCUCGCACUGCACCUCCCCCUUUGCGCUUCUUCUGCUUUUUGCGUGUGCGGUGGCUGCUGCGAUGACGGCGGCGUGA